UGUUCUGAACACGGUAAAGUUCACCUGUCUAUUGCGAUGACCGCAUCUACACUCUCCCUGUGGUCACUUCAUGUGCUAUUACUCUGCCUUUGUUGCAGAUGUUCAGUACCCUCUGCGAUCGUCAAUACGACUUAUGGACCCGUCAAAGGGUCAGUGAUAUCACUAUCGACGAACAAGACAGUUAUAACCUAUCUCGGCAUACCGUUUGCCAAAGCGGAACGUUUUGAAUACCCGGUUCCUCCGGACAAGUGGACUUCAACACUGCAAGCAAACAAGACUGAUAAGAUUUGCCCACAACCUAGUCUGCCCGGUCAGCCGAGUAGACUCUCACUUAUGAGCGAGGAUUGCCUUCUGCUAAAUGUGUAUGUCCCAGGCAAUGCCACAAACAACUCUCAGCUUGCAGUUAUGUUGUGGAUUCAUGGCGGUGCUUAUAUCAUAGGGGAUACUCUGUUUUACGAUGGUAGCCUCCUGGCAACCGAGGGUAACGUGAUUGUUGUCACGGCUGCUUAUCGUUUGGGAGUCUUUGGGUUCUUGAGCUCCUAUAGCGAUAAUUUGAAAGGGAACUACGGCAUGCUGGAUCAGAUAGCGGCCAUGAAAUGGGUGAACAAAAACAUUGAAAGGUAGGUUCAGUCGACUGCUUUUAUUGUCGCCUGCUAUGAAUGUUCUUUAAAAGAAAGACUGACCAACCUUGAGGUAAGAUCCACUCAUUAAUCACCUUUUACCUCACUCCUCCUCGAUUAAAGCGAGGAAAUAAUUCUCGGACUCGCACGUAUCUUAUUCAUGGAAGCGUGACGCGUUACGACUCUGUUCAAAGAUGAGCGCAACAGAGAAAGUAACGAACAACAACGUGAGCGUAAGAGUGAUUGAAGAAACAAAACGUAGAUUGCAUGACAGAAGAACUGAAUAUUUUUAUAGCAAUCACGAGUAGCUGGGUCAACUGGUCAUAUGACCAGUAAUGUUAGCAGCGAAAUAAUAAUAAUAAUAUAAUAAUAAUAAUAAUAAUAAUAAUAAUAAUAAUAGCAGCGAAAAGCGUUAAUUUUAUUAGCUUGCAUGUUUUUAAUAUAUGCAAAUUUCUCACUUCUGUGAUUGUUGUUGUUCCUCAAAUAUUGAUUAGUUACUUAUCUUAAAUUUAAAUUUAGUCGCUCUUUUAUCCUCAUCGAUCACUUCUAAAAAUGUAUGUUCACACUAAAGAAACGUUAGUAAUUAGACUGAUUUUUUGUUUGUUUUACAACAACGCGUCUCAUUGCCAUGUUUAUCACCGCAGUUUGCGUGUUAUAUCUCUUGUUAAGUCUAAUACCAAGGCCAGAGAAAAGAGUAUUUACCUUUGUUUCUACUGGGUAACAAACUGCAGUACACGUUAACCCUUUAAGUCCCAAUAUCCACAUACAAAUUCUCCAAACUGAUCUCCAUACAUUUCCUUGAAGAAUUUGUUGAGAGAAUUUGGUAAAAGAUCAAAUAUUUUUCUCUUUGUGAUCAUUUUGUUAAUGCUCAUGAUAGUUUUUGGAUAUCGUUAGGAGAAAAUUGAUUUUGAGCACUAUUGGGACUUAAAGGGUUAACACCCUUCCCAGAUCGCUUGUGAAAGAAGCCGAAGGCGUCGCCCUCAAGAGAUCUGGGAACGGGAUUAUUCUUCGCUGUCAUCACUUGAUUUAUUUCGGUAUUUAUUUUGGCUCAAGAUUUGGCGGAGAUUCUAGGAAAGUCACUAUAUUUGGUGAGUCGGUUGGCGGAAUGAAUGUUGCGCUGUUGCUUCUGUCCCCGUUGGCCAGCGGUUUGUACCAGAAUGUUAUCAUACAGAGUGGAACGGCAGUUACUUUGUCAGCACUGUUUGAAAAAGAUGAAGCUGAAUUGCGAGCAAGGUAAAGCAUUUAUCAGAAUUCAGCAUUUUGGCUGUCCUCUCUUCAGGUAACAUUUAAUGUUCUCUUUUUCUCGGUUGUUGCAUUUCUGUUACAUGUGGCAGUUUUUCUUUUUCUUUUUUGCUUUAUUUAUUUUUUUGUUGAUCGUUUUCCCAGGAGCUUCGCUGAAAAUGUGGGAUGCGAAAUGGCUUCACUGAAAGCCUGUGCGAAAAAGAAAUCGUUCCAAGACCUUUCAUCCGCUCAAUUAAAAGUGUUUGAUUAUCUCAACUUUUUCCGCUUUGCACCGGUUGUGGAUGGUUAUUUUAUGCCAGGUAUGUGUUAUGCUAUAAUCAAACAAUGUCUCUCGCAGGGACAACCAGUAUGGGAAUUGUAUACUAUUUCAUCUCUGUGUCUCUAUUUUUGGUUUUGGUUUACAACGAAUGGUUGGUUCCUCAGGAUGAUCUUUUUUAGUUUAUUUACUAUUUCUUUUAGCUCCAUUUUUUUUUACAAUCUAGAAAUUAUUCACUUAACAUUCAUACAGUACUUACAACAAUAAUAAAUAAUUACUAGCUUUGACUUCCUUGGUUUUGACGUCGAGGCUGAAUAAACUAGUUGUGGCAGUGCUAGAAACUUGCUUGUUACUUAAUUUUUAUUAACUUAUUGCCCUCCUUUUGUAAUCAUUUUGAAUUUUGUUGUGUGGCAAAUUAUUAAAGAGACACCGUCAGCUGGCGCACAUGCGCAUUAGAUAUCAUUUUAUAGCUAAAUUGCAUAUAUUAAACGGAGACGCGAUAAAUUUUGUUUUUAACCAGGUAUGAUAAAAAUAAUAUCAUAGUAUGAUAAUAUCAUAAUAUCAGUAAACGAUUGAAAAUCAAGCAAAAUACUGCAAAAUUGGUGCGGAUUUCUAUACAUGAACUUUGAUUCCAGGUUAGAGUGAAUGAUACGCGCUUACGUAGCGAAGCGUUACUUAAAUUUGAAGGCUACAAUCGAUGCACAGACAACCGCUUUAUUUGUACCCUGGUUGCCAACGGGUAACAUCAUCGGCAACAGUCAAACUGCAAAGCAAAUGGGAGAUUUGCGUUUCCAAUAUGAAAUUACACUUGAAAGCCUGAAAUAUUCGCAGCGAAAUGCUACUUACAAUUCUGUUGGGUAAUCCAUACAUCUUUACACGGCUCUUUACAUGAUCUUUAGCGGAUGUGUUCGGUUGAUUGCAAGGCAAGUAUUUAAGUACGUUACGCCUAUUUAUAUAAAAAGGCUAAUUCGUCGCCAGAUCCUUUGCGACUACAUGCAUCUUGGCGCCAAAACGAAACAGCUACACAAAAAGUUAUUUACUUGAAGUAUAAAUUGGAAGUUUUACUGCACAAGCGCAAAUCGGUGAACUUUUUUGAAAGUGAGAAGGUUAGCGCAGUUCCAAAGCUGACUGUGUCCCUUAAAAUAAAGAACGAAACAAACCAAAAAACAAAUAAAUAAAUAAGUAAAUUAUCACAACUCUUUCAAACAAUGUGCGAUUUCUUGCUCUCCAUAUAUCUAAAUCUGUUUGCAACUUGCGUAUUUAUUUAAAAUGAAAGCUGAAUUAAUUGUUUGUCCUGUCAAUAUAUGAAACAUGAACCCCUAAUACACUUACCGGACUGCGCAUUCAUUUUAGAUUUAAGGAUUGCUUUUAUUUUUCCCCAUUUUCCUAAUCAAGACCAUCCUCGGGAUUUUUAUCAGGAAGACUGAUCCAAGAUCGGUCGGAUUUUGUUGCAUCAAAGGAAGCGAAGAAUCCACCCUGAGCAAGGAUUCGCCGCUUCCUUUAAGUACAAUGAUCCAAGGGAUUUUGGAUCAUUGAUUGUGAUCAAGAUGGUCUCGAACGAAUGCACCCUACGCGGUAGUUCUAUAACUUGAUUUCCCGGAAUCUUUAGGCGUUUCUUUUAACGGUAUACUAACACUUUCUAUUAUAUAAUAGUUACUUUUAUUUUAUUUUGUGUAAAAUGGACGAUAUUCUUUUUGAAGAAAAUCAUUGCACCAAGCCAUCAGUAAUUGAGUUGGGUUCUUUAUUCACUCAGUGUGCAAACUAUUUCGCUCUCUAUGCAUUAGCUUUAGAGUGGACAUUCAAGACCACGGAAAAACUGACGAAAAAAAAAAACAACUUAAGUUUAUGUCAGUGUAUGUGUUAAAAUAUACGAAUAUGAUCUUAUCACUCUGUGCAUCUUACUAUUACCUGAUUGUUCCAGACUCCCCCAUCAAACUCCUUAAGGCCGGAAAGUUCAACAAGAGCAAUGUCAUGAUUGGAUUCACAAGAGAUGAUGGAACAGUCUUUGCCAAUGGUUUUCCAGGUUGAACUGACUGAAUUGAUUUGAUUUAAACAACCGGCGAUGGGCAGAUUGAGUUGCUAAUAAGGUUCAUUUUGCCAUAGUUAAUAGAAGGGAAUCGUUGUGAAAUUCGACAAAGUUCUUUGUUGUAUGUUUUUGCUCUCAUUUUUGGCCUUGACCCUGCAUAAAACACAAUAGUUGCCUACCACUGACCGAGGAACUAACCAAUAGAAACGUUUUGGUUACGUAAUUCAUGCAUAGUGUAUGAAGGCAAAACAAAAGAUUGUGCACGGUGUGGACCUUCCAACAUAAAUCUUGGCAUCUUUGUUUGCUCCUUUAAUGUGUUCCGGGCGUCAUAGCCAUUCCCCUCUAUUAACUAUGAUUCUGCUAUAGUGAUAGGCACCCAAAUUAACUUUAAAUCUAAUCAUCAGCACUGUUGAAAUGCGAGAUCACUGAAUGUUAAAUUAAAAUUAUAAAUGUAUCGUUUUCAUUCUCCGCCCUUGCCUCAUUAUAUAUCUUGUGACGGUGGUAGUAAUAGAUCUAGUAAUGAUAACCGUUACAAUAAAACAUAGCAGUCAUGUAACACUAACGCUAACGGUAGUAACAGUUCUAACGGUCUGUCUCAUUGACUGACUGGGUGGCUGACUGACUUACUGACUGACUGAGGGACGGACUGACUUACUGACUGACUGACUGACUGACUGACUGAAGGACGAACGGACUGAAUAAAUAACUGACUAGCUGACUGAAGGACGGACGGACGGACGGACUAAAUAAAUGACUGACUGACUGAUUGGCUGCUUGACUGACUGACUGACUGACUGAAGAACGAACGGACUAAAUAAAUGACUGACUGACUCAUUGACUGCGUGACCGACCGACUGACUGACUGACUGAUUGACUGACUGACUAACUGACUGACUGACUGAGCGGCCGACCGACCUUCCGAUCGACUAAUAGUGCGCGAGUAAAUGAGUCGCUAUUAUUCGAGAAUGAUGAUUCAUGCACUAAUUUCUACUAUCCUAUUUGUCUUCAGGUGUCAUGCCAGCUCUUGACCUAUCUAAAGGAAUGUCAAGGAAUUUGUUCGUAGACGUGAUCAAAAAUCGAACGUGGACGCGAAAUCAAAACUCUCGAAUCCUCGACUUGCUGAUUUAUGAAUACACAGACUGGUCAAAUGCCACCGAUCCGUAUCUCCUACGCCAGCAGUUUAUUGACAUGAACACAGACGCAAACUUCAAAGCACCCGCUAUUCAGUCGGCCAAUGAAUUUGUAAAGAAAGAAUCUUCAACAUACUUGUAUCAACUUGAAAUGGCACCUAAAAGAUUUUCACGCAGUCUACUGCCAAUACCCUCCUGGUGGGGGAUAUUUCAUGGAGCUGACAUGGCUUACACGUUUGGUUUUCCUCUGUUAAUGCCCAAGAACUUUACAACUACGGCAGAAAUAAACUUCAGCAAGGAAAUGAUGACGAUAUGGGCUAACUUUGCCAAAACAGGGUCAGUAUAUAUUUAACAAGAGAAGCCAUGAAUUACUCUCAAUCGUAAUUUCUCGUUUUCUAGUGGUUAGGCUGGUGAAAACACUCCUCACAUGCUAGAUUUGUUCCGAAAUAUAUCGGUACUGGUUACUUGACUCCACAGAUGUCUCUACAAAGUUUGGCAAAUUUGAUCCUGUGCGAGAAAAUUUAACUGAAUCUGAGGAAACAGCGGUCAGAAAAACUACACCUAUUCCAAUAGAACUACGUUGCUUGUAAGAAACUUUUUUUUAGAUCGAAUCUUCGAGGCCUUUUUUUUAGAUCGAAUCUUCGAGGCCUCCGCAGAAUUAACAAUGAGAGACAACUUACUCUAGUAAAAUACUACACGUUUCGGCAUUAUUAAGCACUUAAAGAUUGGCUCCAAGGGAAACAGUGAGACCCUUGAGGUCGAGUGGAACAAACUCACUACUUGAUGUAGGCACUACUUACCAUAUUUGGUAACUACCCGGACCAUUACGUGAGAACCUAUUUUGCUUGCGUCUAGCUUCACUGCGUUUUGCUUGCUGUUAGCUUUCAUUGGUAUGUUAGGGUACUGUAGGGUAACUACCCGGACCAUUACUGAGUGCCUACACCAAAUACUUACCCAAAACUCACCUGUUUCCCGUAAAUGUUAUUUAUAAAUAUGUAAAUAUGUAAUUCCCGGUAUUGCUCACGAGUACCAGAGAUUCAAGCUAACCAGUUUAAGGCUAACCCGUUUUAAGCUACGACUCGCCACAGAAGUGAGUAAAGCAUAAUUGUGAAAUUAGAGUUUCGAAUUGAGGUAUUUUUCAGUGAAAUCAUUGUUCUAGAGAUUAUGAGCCAGUUGCAUAACGACGAAUUGUAUUGCUCUGUUUCAGAUCGAAUAAUACAAUUGCUUCAGUUGCUUAUGCUACAGAUGUUAGUUUCAAUAAACAUCAAGCGAUUGAUUAUACGAUAUGUGGUGGUCGUUGGAAUACGCAGUGUAUGACUACGUAAAACACAGGGAUCCGUGGCUUUCGGGACAAAGGCCUAUAUUUGGCGUUGUUUUCUUUGUAUCCAAGUGUCUUUUGGCAACUGAGGAACAAAAGAACCUUUGAAAUGUGCAAUUUUGGCCCGAAAGCCUCGGAACCAUGUUAGAAUACGUGGCCUAUUUGCCGUGGUUUCAACAAGCACAACCUGAUCACGUGCGAGUCAAAAGUUCAUGUUGUUGUAUUCUCAGGGAGGUAGUGAGGUUUGUUCGCCCUAGGGAGUUAGUGAGUUUUGACCCACGACACGUGACUCGUUUUCCUCCAAUCGGAAAACGUAUUUGAGUUGGCAAGUAUAACAAAGAUGUUAGUUUAUCAUAUUACAAAUCUCAGUAAACGAAGAAAAAAGAAGCCGCCAGCAGUCGUGAGCACAUGUGCCAAAUGAAAGUAACUUUAGUAAAAAAAAGGGAUGCCUAACUAGGGUUGAACAUGGCCAUGAAAAGAACUAAAAUAGUUCUCUGGUUUAAGGUUUAUUUAAAAUGCACUUUCGGCUAUCAGACUUUAGCCUUUGAUGGAAUCAGCAAUUCGAUCUGCUAAACGAAACCUCGGUUAUAGGGCUCCGCUAUUUGCUAGUAAUGAUUUUUGCCACGUUCGAUAAAGAUGAGUGAUUUUAUUGGAAGCUAAGUAAGUAUGUGUCAAAAUGAUCAAAACGCUAACUAUCUGAUUAUCUCUAACCAUUGCCAUUCAGUUCAGAGCCCAGAUCUAAUGUCACAAAUGCAUUUCCAUCAUGGCACUGUACAAUCCUCACUUCUCUGUAUGUGAUUUCAGAAAUCCCAAUAGACCAACGCCUUUAAGAACAAGUUGGCCCCAGUACACCGCUGAGCGAGGAGAAUACAUGGGACUUAGUUCAAAUAUGACAGUAAGGUACAAGAUGCGUCCAAAUAAGAUGGCUUUAUGGAAUGUGUUUCUACCAAGUUUUGCAGAAACAGUUAAACCAACCACAAGGAGCGAUGUACUGACAACAACUAGGAAAGCGGACGACAAGAAAGGUAUAACAAUCGAAUCUAAGUAUACGAAAUACACUGCAUGUAUCUCAUUUGAUUUCAUGUUUUUUUUUCUUCCCAAUUCUACUUCACAAGUAACUAUAAAUCAGAUAGAGCCCAUAGAGUCUAAAAUGAAUAAGACUCGCCAAGCACUGACCAAAGAAAGUUCUUGAAAUGUCUGGAAAGUAAAAUUUGAAAAUGAUCGAUGUUUAUUUUUUUUCCUUUCCAGAUGAUAUCACGAUGGUCCCUGCUAUCCUAAUAGGAGUGUUUGUUGCUUUAGCUGUGAUUUUACUUUUUACAAUAUUUAACAGGAGCAGAAUUAAAAACGAUUAGAUUAAGAUUAGGUUUACAUGUAGAACGCUUUUAUUUUGAGUUUAAAAGAGGUUUUGCAACAUACGUACGCUACGCGAUUGGAAAAUCGCGCCAUGCACUUUUUCAUCCAAUCAUAAGUAAAACCAAAACUGACUCCUUGGAACAAGUUUUCCCGCGCUUAGCUUUAUUUAUUAAUUAAUCAAAGUUAAGAUUUGGUUGAUUUUGUCGUCUGUGCUCUAUUGGUUUGGUUCACAACGCUUUAUUGAAAACUUCUCUACAAAGAAGUCAAGUAUAGUAGAUAUGUUACUGACAAAUUAUGACUGCAAGCUUUGAGGCUAAAAUAAAG